AUGGUGGUUGAACACAUAGUGAAAACAGGCGACGCCACCCUGUCACAGCAAACCUCGGUCCGUCUGAGGGUUUUCUCAGGGAGAUCUCCUCGUCCUCCCAACGAGCCAGACUUUGACACUUGGCGUGCCAGUGUCGACUUCUUGUUAACCGAUCCUUCUAUCUCUGACUUGCACAGAACACGAAAAAUCCUUGACAGUCUCUUACCUCCAGCAGCCGACAUCGUAAAGCAUGUGCGCCCUCAAGCCUUACCUGCUGUGUAUCUUGAGCUGUUAGAGUCCGUGUAUGGUUCCGUUGAGGAUGGAAAUGAGCUGCUGGCCAGACUAAUGAACACCCUACAAAAUCCGAGUGAGAAACCAUCAGACUAUCUGCAUCGUUUACAAGUCCUUCUGAGUGCAGUGAUCAGACGAGGUGGUAUAGCAGAAAGUGAACGUGAACGUUACCUUCUGAAGCAGUUCUGCAGAGGGUGUUGGAAUGAUCGCCUCAUUGCUGAUCUUCAACUUGAAAGAAGAGAAACUCAACCUCCCACCUUUGCCGAAUUAGCAGUACUCAUUCGAACCCAAGAAGACAAACAUGCCUCUAAGGAGGAACGGAUGAGGAAGCAUCUUGCGACGACAAAACCACAAAAUGCCUAUCCUAAGUCGCGGGCGGUCUCCAACAAUGUGUCUGCCUGUCCAUGUGAUGUGCCCAAUUCUGAUAGCUCUGAAACCAGUCUUCUGAAGAAACAAAUAGCUGAAAUCCAAGCACAAGUUACCGCUUUGAAGCAGUCUCCUGAUCAGAAGAGAACAAAGAGUCAUUCUGAGAAUGCAGAGCUGACCGCUUUAAAGAAAACUGUGGAAGAGUUAUGCACACAAGUAGCCUUGAUGAAAGCAUCGGUUACACAGGGAUUAAGACAAAACAAUGACGAGUCAGAAAUAGCUAGGCUUCAGCGUCAAGUAGCGGAGCUGCAAAUUCAAAGUACUGCUUACAAAGUACCUCGAACUUCAAACUCGCAAAGACCACUUGAAACAGAUGUGAACAAAAGUCCAAGGAUGGGACCACUGAAAGUUAAUAGACCACGACCCUGGUACUGUUUCCGAUGCGGAGAAGAUGGACACUUGGCCAUUAAUUGCGAGAAUGCUGCAAAUCCUUCCAAAGUUGAGGAGAAGCAACUCAAGUUAAGAGAACAACAAAGACAAUGGGACUCUCUACAUGGAAGGCCUGCCCAGCCUUUAAACUGA